AUCCAGACGUCGGCGGAUGGCCGAGGCGUUUGAGAAGCAGGCGGUGUUCCGCCGCUUGGGCAGCAGCGUGCAGACGGCGGCCGAGGCCAAGGGCGCGCGGAUCGUCAUCGCCGCGAGCGGGACGACCGACAUUGGCUCCGCGCGCUGCGCCGUCAACCAGGACACGUACAUGGCGCUGGACGUCGGCGGCGGCAACGUCGUCCUCGGCGUCUUCGACGGCCAUGGCAAGGAGACGGGCCAUAUUGCCGCCGAGGCUGCGAAAGCAUUCUUCACGUCGCACUUUGAAUCGCCGGAAGCUCUCGCGGCAAUCGAGGCGCAGCCCGAAGCCGAGCUGCGCUCGCUCUUUGCCCAAUGCCACGCCCACCUCUACAGUGUCUUCCAAGCGCACUACGCGACGCUCGGGCUCUGCACGCGCGACGACAGUCUCAACGGUCGAUCGUUUCUCCUUCAACGGAAAGGCCCGUCGCAGCCGUACACUUGCGUACAAGGCGGGACGACGGCGACGCUAGCCAUCUUGCUGCAUGGCACGCGACUGCUCGUGGCCAACGUCGGCGACUCGUCCGCACUGCUUGCAGGUGCUGGCAGCGUCCGUAUCACGCCACUGCAUGCCCUCGCGGACGCACCCAUCUACUGCCCCCACGCGCCGUCGGCAUCGCCGAACCCGUGCGAGAUCGAGAGCAGCAACAACAGCAACAACAACAACAACAGCGAUACCCUGCACCAUCUCAUCUCGGGCGACCAUUCGGCCGAGUCGCGCGUCGAGUUUGACCGCGUCAUCACCAGCGACGUCCAGGGCCUGCAGUUCCUCUAUGACGCGCCGUGCGUCACGAAUCGGCUGGUGCGCGUGCCCAUCUUUACCAAGAACAGUGCCGGCGACAUCGUCAAGAGUGCUGGCGGCCGCUACUACAAGAACGUCCGCAACGAGUGGGCGUCCAUGGUCGCCGCCCCGAUCGACGCCGCGUUCGCCGACUGCCUCGCGUUCACGCGGUCGCUCGGCGACUUUCAUCUGCACGCGCAUGGCCUCUCGUGGCAGCCGGAUGUGCUCGACAUCUCGCUCUUUGACGACCCGACGAGUUGCAGUGACGUCGCGAUCGUCUUGGCGACCGACGGCGUCUGGGACGUGUGGCACUACGACGAGCUCGCCCAGUUUGUGCUGCAGACCAAGGACGAAGGCGACGCGCCCGAGAUUGACGCCAAGGCCCGCGCUCGCCGCCUCUUGCAAGAGAACCUCGCCAAAGCCCACACCAUCUUUGGCGACCAAGCCGACAACAUGACGGCCGUGCUGUGCUAUCUCUCGCGCGCUUAAGAAGAAGCGAUGCGAUUCCGGUCGCAUUCUUGCGACCGCUACGACCCGACAUCGUACGACACUAUCUGAUUUUAUGACCCUAACCCCUUAACAACAAUUUGCGAU